GUCACUGUCACUCAAAUGAAUUGAUGUUUUAAUUUUAUUAUUCUUAUCAACAAACAAAAACAAAAUAUCAACUGAAUUGCUGCAAUAAUUGUUGUCUUAAUUUCUUAUUAAAAAGCGUAACCCAGUGAAAUCUUUAUUAUUUUAAACAUGGAUACCGAUGAAGGCAAAGAAGUUGUUAUAAAUGACAAAAUAAACCCAACAGAAUUUGAUGUAACAAUGCAUGCACUAUUAGUAGGUUUAGACGCGGAAAAAUACGUCGAAAUAUUCAGAAAAAACAACAUCGGACAAUGUACGCUCAUGGAAUUGACUGAUGAAGACUUAACUAAGCUAGGGGUUGAUGAACCAAGCGUCCGACAGAAACUUCUUGAGGAAGUAAAAAAUUUACCUAUCUAUAAUGAAUGCGGUAAUGUAACACUAUUACCAAAUUUAGGACCGAUAGAAAUUGUUGAUAUCUUAGAAGAAAGUUCUCAACAUUUAUAUAGAGUGUAUUUAAGUGUGUUAGCAAAUACUUUGGCUGUUAAGAAAACUAAAAAGAUUUCCGAUUGUAUACUUUACAAAGAAAAAUAUGCAUCAGACAUAGCUCUGUCUACAUUAAGUGAAAUAACUACAAUAUUAAAUUCCAUGGAUGUAGCACUACAUACUAAUUUUAAGGCACUAAACCAAGAGAGAGGUAAAUCAAGGAGUAAGAAGAUUCUCAUUGGAGCUAUGGGGAGUGCAGUUGUAGCUGUACUGACAGCAUUAUUUGUAAAAUCAUUAAAAGAUAUCAAUUAACUGUAUCAAUGUGACACAUGAUUGCACAAUUAUUGUGUCAAGCACUUGGACAUCUUUUGUAUUACGUUUAAGACUGAAUGUUGUUAAUUUUUCUAUAUAAAUACACUUAAACCAAAGAAAUAUAAUUUGGUUAGAUAUAA